AUGGCUAUAUACGGAGUACAUGAAGACCCUGAGAAGAAAACAACAGCUUACUCACACACGGGCCAUCGAGGCUCUUCAAUCGUUCAUUCACCUGGCACAGUCAAACAGCGCCAGCUCCCCCGCUUCGUCGCCAAUCUUAUCACGAAUGCUACCUCAAGUCCACAAACCUAUGUCUUCGCAGAGUUACUCGAGUCACCCGCAGUCCAGGCAUUACGGGCACCAGAGACCCCAGAUGAGUUCAAAGGCUAUCUGACCCUGUUGGAGAUCUUUGCGUGGGGCACAUGGGAGCAAUAUCAUGCAACUCCGGGACUUCCAGAACUCAACGAUGAACAAACCCUUAAACUCCGCCUGCUAUCCCUCCUCUCCCUAUCAACAACAAUCAAACCCCUCACCUACUCCGCCCUGAUGAACGCCCUCAGCAUCCCCACAAAAGUCGAGCUGGAAUCACUAGUGACAGCCGCUGUUUACGCAUCCCUGAUUAAAGCCCGCCUCUCACCCGCCUCCAACCCACCAUCCGUGAACGUCACAGCCGUUGCCCCACUACGCGACGUGCUACCCCAGUCUCUCCCCAAAAUGAUCGCCAAUCUAACGGAGUGGGAGUCGCGUUGCAGCGACGUUGUCACAGAUCUCGAGGCGGAGAUUGCACGCGUCAAGAGCGAUGCCGCCAACCGUGCCGCGAAGAACCAGGCACUACGAGAGGCCCAAGAGCUGGCGAUCGAGAAGAUACGGAACCGCGGCAGUGAACCUAUCAGGAAGCCCAAGCGGGGUGCUGGUCGUCUUGGGACUGGGGCUGGUGGGAGUAAGAGGGAUGCCGAUAAUAUUGAGGAAGAUGAUGGGUUCUUUGACCCUGCGGAUGGCGAAUAUGGCUCACGCAUGGAUAUCGAUGAGGAUCACGGUGCUCGCGGAAGUAGUCGGCAGCCCAAGCGAGUGUUGGGACGCAAGUCUUGA